CUCAGGAAACAAACCCUAGAAUUCUUCCCAAGGUCUAUAUAUGAACAGCAAACUAUCACACAAGCCCUUGUCUCUGUUCUCUCUCUCUCUCUGCAAUCUUUCUCCCUCAUUCUCGACUCACUCAUCUCCUAACCCAUCAAAUUUGAGAUCAGAUGCAGAAAACAGAAAGGAGUAAUAAUAGAGGUGGAGGAGGAGGAGGUGCCAGCGGGCCCUGCGGGGCGUGCAAGUUCCUGAGGAGGAAGUGCGUGAACGGGUGCGUGUUCGCUCCCUACUUCGAUUCCGAGCAGGGUGCCACUCACUUCGCCGCCGUCCAUAAGGUUUUCGGUGCCAGCAACGCCUCCAAGCUCCUCCUCUGUCUCCCGCCUCACCGCCGACUCGACGCCGUCCUCACCCUCUGCUACGAGGCCAUUGCCCGGGUUCGUGACCCCGUCUACGGCUGCGUCGCCCACAUCUUCACCCUCCAACAACAGGUGGUGAAUUUACAAUCAGAGUUGGCCUACGUACAGGCUCGUCUAUCUACAUUCCGGAGUUUUCCUUCGCCACCUUCUCUUCUGAACUCUCAGCCUUCUCUUCAAGCUACUUCCUCUGAUCAUAUGGCAUUGGUAUUGGACAAUAACAUUUCAUCUUACCCGAACCUCCCAGUGCCUCCCGCUCUUGAUCCCAUAGAGCUAUUGCAGCAAGCAACAGGAGAGAUGGUGGAUUCCUCCGAUACACCCAGCACUCAACAGCUAGCUGAUGCCCAGCUACAGGCAAUAGCUCGGGAGUUCAUAUCUCGAUACUUGCCCGGAGUAAAGAUCGAGCCUCCAGGUCCACCAAAAGGUUUCCAGCAAUAGCAUGAGAAAAACAUUCACGCUACAUAUCACCUUUUGUUAUGGAGCAGAGAGCGCUAUAUAUCACCUUUUGUUAUGGAACACACAGCGCAUGUUGUGGGCAAACUUGUAUAAGUAUUUUUAAAUCUAACAUGAUAGCUCUUUUCUGGUCUCACUUUACUACUGACUUUG